AUGGCGUCGGCGGAGGGGACAGCGGUGGCGGGGACGGCCGCGGCCCCGGCCCCGGAGCCCGUGUCGCCCCCUGGCGCCGGGGACGGCCCGGCGGUGGCGGCCACAGGGGCCCUGGGCCUCACGGACCUGCCCGGCGAGCUGCUGGAGCUGAUCCUGUGCUGCCGCUCGCUGGGCGCCGCCGACUUGGGCCACGUCGCCUGCACCUGCCGACGACUGCGCGAGCUGUGCCAGGGCGGCGGCAACGUGUGGCGGCGGCAGUUCCGAGAGAGGUGGCCCUCCCUCCUGAAGUACUACAGUCACACGGAAGGCGUGAACUGGCUGGAGGAGUACAAAGCUCGGCAGAGCGCAGGCUUGGAAGCCCGGAGGAUGGUGGCCUCCUUCUCUAAGCGAUUCUUUUCUGAGCACGUCCCUUGUAACGGCUUCAGUGACAUUGAGGACCUUGGGUGCCCAGGACACUUUUUUGAGGAUGAACUGAUGUCCAUUCUUAAUAUGGAAGGAAGGAAAGCUUUGACCUGGAAAUAUUAUGCCAAGAAAAUUCUUUAUUUCCUACGACAACAAAAGAUCUUGAAGAAUCUGAAGGCAUUUCUUCAGCGGCCUGAGGACCAUGAAUCAUUUCUAGAAGGUGCUGUGUUAAUUGACCAGUAUUGCAAUCCUCUUGCUGAUAUCUGCUUAAAAGAUAUCCAAUCCCAAGUUGAGAGUAUUACAGACCAAGUUCGCAAAGUCCUUCGUGGGAAAAACUGUCGCCACCCCAGCUUGGCCUUCAAGGCAGGUGGGGCUAUGAUAACUGAAAGUGAGCUCCAGAGCCAGGUACUCGAGGCCAUCAAUUGUGUCCUGUAUGAUCAGCUCAAGUACCGAGGAAACCGAAUGGAUUAUUACAAUGCCCUGAAUUUGUAUAUCCAUCAGGUUUUGGGCCGAAGAACAGGAAUCCCAAUUAGUCUCUCUGUGCUCUAUUUAACAAUUGCCAGACAGCUGGGAGUCCGACUGGAGCCAGUCAAUUUCCCUAGUCACUUCUUGCUAAGAUGGUGUCAAGGUAUUGAAGGGAGCCAAGAUAUUUUUGACUACAUUUACAUAGACGCCUUUGGGAGAGGAAAGCAGCUGACGGUGAAAGAAUGUGAAUAUCUGAUUGGCCACCAUGUGACAGAAGAGUUCUAUGGAGUUGUUAGUUCUAAGAAGGUACUGCAGCGAAUGGUGGGAAAUCUCUUAAGCCUAGGAAAGCGGGAAAGCACGGAUCAGUCUUACCAGCUUUUAAGAGACUCCUUGGAUCUGUAUCUGGCCAUGUAUCCAGACCACGUACAGCAUCUUUUGCUCCAGGCCAGGCUCUACUUCCAUUUGGGAAUUUGGCCAGAAAAGGUAUUGGACAUCCUGCAGCAUAUCCAGACCUUGGACCCUUCCCAGCACGGGGCAGUCGGCUACUUGGUGCAGCACACCUUGGAGCACAUAGAGCGCAAGAAGGAGGAGAUUGGGCUGGAGGUGAAGCACCGGUCUGAAGAGAAGCAUCGCGACGUCUGCUACUCCAUCGGUCUCAUCAUGAAACACAAGAGGUAUGGCUAUAAUUGUGUUAUCUAUGGGUGGGACCCAACCUGCAUGAUGGGACACGAGUGGAUCAGAAAUAUGAAUGUCCACAGCCUGCCCCAUGGCCACCAUCAGCCGUUCUAUAACGUCCUUGUGGAAGACGGUUCUUGUCGCUAUGCAGCCCAAGAAAAUCUGGAAUAUAACAUGGAACCUCAAGAAAUCUCUCACCCCGAUGUCGGUCGCUAUUUUUCAGAGUUUACUGGAACUCAUUAUGUAGCAAACACGGAGCUAGAAAUCCGGUACCCAGAGGAUUCAGAGUUUGUAUGUGAAACCGUGCAGAAUAUUUACAGUACCAAGAAGGAGGACAAAGAGUGAGGGUGGACAGAGGACAGUAGGCGAGUGAGUGAGUCUCUGCAACAGCUGCUCUUCCCUUCUGCGAGGACCAGCUUCUGGGAGCCCAUUGUCCCCAUGGUCCUCAGGCUCGAUCUCCAACCAGGAAUUGCACUUCUUAACCAAUGAUAUCAGCUACCUUCUAAGUUAAAUAAUUCUAACGCGUGCUAGCGCUCCGAUCCGAAGAUGACGUCACCUGCCUCCGCCACGAGUGAAAUCAUUUGAAAGGCAGUACGGUCGGUCGGUGACACGGUUCGUCCCGAGGAGACAAUUUAUUAGAAAUUAUUGUUCUCAAGGUCUUAUGGUCAGCACUGUAUUUAGCCUCCUAACCAUUUUUUAAAUCUUGUGCUUACUGUAGUUUGUGUCCAUGAGGAUUUAAUUUUAUGAACAAGAAGGGGUCAUACGUGCUUAUAAUAAUUUUUUAAAUCAAAUUUCCCUUGGAAUUUGUGCAAUCGUAAGUCAAGUUUGUCUUAUUUAUCCACGAGUUUAAUUAAACAUUUGGAAAUUAACUUGUCAGGGAUCCUAAGAAUGUGGCUGGAAAGUCUCCGGGCCUCUCUUUUCAGAGACCCUCAUUUCAGUGAGUUCAAAGGCCAUUGGAACUUUCCUCCUGAUCUUUGUGGGAAGCAUCUUCUCUAGCGUGUGGGGCGCACCAUCCAUUGUCCUAUCCUCAGUUCCUCCCCCUAGCUCAUGAGUUCACGUUCUUACCCCAAUCAGAGAUUGUUCUCUUCUAUUUCUAUCACCUCAACACUACUUCGAGAACAUUCUUGAGAGGAAUGUGCUCUGGGUUUUUCUAUAUGGACCCUAUCUGGCUGCUUAACUACUUAAGCUGGCAAUUAAGAAGUGAUUAUUGCCAAGGGAUCAGGUCACUGAUCUAUCACUCUUCACAGCAUGGACGAGUGCCCAUCUGAUGCUUAAAGCCAGCUGGGUGCCUUCUGACCCCCAACCUCCCAAGACCUAAAAAAGGUGGUCUGAUGACCUGUCUCACCUUUGACCUGAGCAAUACAGCCUGCUGGGAAAGAGAAGGAAAGGAUCUGUUUCAUACCCCUUAGGAAGUCCCGAGGGCCAGAAAGCAUCAGCACAAGCAAACUGUAAUUAAGUUGCUUGGGAACGUCUGGGAUGGUAGAUCAGUAGUCUGCUGUUUUCUUCUCUGAGAUUUACUUGGCUUGGAAUAUGGAGUCACGAGCAUUGAGGCAGCUUUGGUAGACCCCUGCGCUUUUCACAAGCUUGACAACCCUUCAGUGAGCAAAUGCCAUAUAUAAGGGGCUGGGAGCUGCUGCUGGAGUCCGCUUCUGAUUCUCAUGCCUGUAAGCUUAAGGCAUUGCAAUUAAUGUAGUAAAAAUAAGGUUCUAGGGAGGUGAGAUGCACUCUCCACUCCUCCACAUUCUCUCUGUUGACUUGCAUGCAUUAUUUUCUCAAUGUGUUGAUGAAUGUUUUAUUUACACAGUAAAAACCCUGGUGACCACAGCAGCCUUGGGGAAAGCCAUCAGAGAUCACCAGGCCACGUAGCAUUAAAUAGCCUCAUGGAGACCGUGGCCACACAGCUCCUACCAGCUCAAAAAGGAGCUUUAGCCACCCUCCACAUCCCUCUUCUGUCCAGACUCAAGGCAGCUCACUUGGACUGGAGUUUGAAAGUGUGAAAGUAAAUGAUCCUUCAGGGAGACUCUUGGAGAGCCUGUCCUGCUUUUGAGGGAGAACUUGACAGUGAAAUCUUAUAGAGGUAAAGAUCAGAAUAUGGUUGGUUUUGACUUUGUUAAAACAAUUGUAAAUAAUGUAUGUAGAGUGUUUUUAAAUGUGCUCCUUAAGUGACCCUUCACUUGGUUCCAGGAAGCAGGUACCAGUUCUUAAUGUAAGCUGUCCUUUGGGCACUUUAUAUUUUUCUAAAAGUCUGUUUUGGACCCAAUAUGCUAAGAAAUUGUAAGAUUCUCUUGAGAAAUUGCCAAAACUUUUGUCCACUUUAAAGCAACUUGUUACCAUAACCUGUAAAUAGAACCUUUAAGUAUUAAAAAAUGUUAAAUGUUUGGACAUAAUAUUUUCAUCUCUUUUCCCUAAGUGAAUAUAAACAUUUGAAUUUUGAGGUAUAAUUAAAAAAUGAUUAAUUUUAUCCAGACUGUCACCAAAGGUGACCUGCCAAAUUUCACAUCAUGCCCACAACGUAGAAGUGACAUGAGUAAAAUGUCUCACCUUUUCUGGCCUAAAAAUGCCCCCCCUCCCAAUUUUAUUCUGUACUAAAUUUUGUAUAACACUGGAGAGUAAAAGUGGGAUAACUUUGCAUGUCUGAUUUCGCUGAAGGAUUAAUUUUUACAAGCCUGUGACUAAUCAUUCAGAAUAAAUGUUUGUAAUGCAAAAAUUUACAGCUUUUUAAUUAUCACAUUGUGGGUGGAUGUCAUAAAAUAAGAGAUAGAAAAAGUGAGGGUUUGGUAUUCGGACACAUUUAGCUCAUUGAAGAAAUGUGGUCGGUGACUCUUGUGUUCAAACCAAUCUCCCAGUCAGUCUCCCUUGAAGCAGCAAGAUUUUGAUGGGAGAAAGUUAAUCUUGUUGUUCUGAUUAAUGUGUAAGUUGUAAUUGGGUUUAGUUCCGUCUCUCUUGGUUGUGUGAUUGCUUCUUUCUAUCAGGUCUUCAAAGACAGAGGCAUUUUAUUCGGAAAGUACUGUUUUAUCAAUCAUUGUUAUAUUUUACGAUGUCUUCGUAAAUCUAAGCGUGUUUGCAGUGACAGGCACUUCCAAUUAUGGAUUGUCUGACUUUUGCAGUAUUCAAUAAAAUUGUGUCAGCAUUCA